AUUACUUAUAAGAAACACCUAUAAUUUAGGGAUGAAAUUAAAAAAAUAUGGGAAUUACAAAAAAGAGAGUGUGAUUUUAGAUUAUGAAUAUUAAAAAUAUUGAUGAUGAAUUUAUGAAUAAUUGAAUAGUUUUGGUAAACAUACUUAAAUAAAAUAGCAUUUUAGAUUAAAUUUGAGUAUGAACAUCAAUAUUUAGUAUAAUUAAUUAUGAUUUUGAAUUUUACUGGGGUUAAAAUGGGAGAGUAGGAGAAAGAAGGGAGACUGAUUUCAAUAAGUAAUAGCCAAUAGACUGAAUUGGUAUUGAGACUACAUGAGAGUAGUGUGUAGAUGAAUGUUGGAUUAUUUAAUGAUAAAUAAAAUUUUUGUCAGAUUUAAUUGUAUAAAUAUAUCGAUAAGGUUUCUAAUGGAAGAAUGAAGUUAAAUUAGGGGGGUAAAGUAAUAUUGACUUUAUUAAUUAGAAAAUCUUGAUUCUUUCGCACUAUAUAUUCUCGAUUAAAUGAU